AUGUGGAAGUCUGCCGGCGCGCCUGCGCGUAACGGCGGCGCAGCAGCGGGACCGCGCGUGGCCGUGGCCGCGGUCGCCGGGCUGCUGGUCACCGGGAUGCUGGUGGUCAGCGGCGGACACCAGCGGGAGCCGCCGGCCGCGGCCGGUGCGGAUGUCGUCUCGGCGUAUUUCAGGAGGCUGGCCCGGGACAGGAGAGCGGUCAGCGCGCAGCCGGCGCGCAGCGGCGCUCCCGGGAGGCCGGCCGAGCGGCUGUCCGAGGCUGACCUCUUCAUAGCGGUCAAAACCACCGGGAGGUACCACGGGCAGAGGCUGGAGCUGCUGCUGGACACCUGGAUAUCCAGAAACGCGCCACACACGUACGUGUUCACAGAUGGAGAAGAUGAGAAGCUGAGGAAAAAGAUGGGGCCCCAGCUGAUCAACACCAACUGCUCGGCGGCGCACAGUCGUCAGGCCCUCUCCUGCAAAAUGGCUCUGGAGUACGACGCCUUCAUGAACUCUGGAAAGAAGUGGUUCUGCCACGUGGACGACGACAACUACCUGAACGUGCCCCCGCUCCUCAGACUCCUGUCCCAGUUCGGCCACGCGCAGGACGUCUACCUGGGCCGGCCCAGCCUGGAGAGGCCCAUAGAGGCCACCGAGACCCUCAGCAACACUGAAACGGUGAUUGGAAAAGACGAGUUCCUCAGGUUCCGAGAUAUCCCUAAGCAGGUGCGUUUCUGGUUCGCCACGGGAGGGGCGGGCUUCUGCCUGAGCCGCGGCCUCGCCCUGAAGAUGAAACCCUGGGCGAGCGACGGCGCUUUCAUGGCCACGGCCGAGCACAUCCGGCUGCCCGACGACUGCACGGUGGGUUACAUCGCCGAGGCGCUGCUGGGCGUGAGCCUCACCCGCUCGCCGCUGUUCCACUCCCACCUGGAGAACCUGGACCUGGUGUCGGACAUAAACAAACAGGUCACUCUCAGCUACGGCACUGUGGACAACAAGAGGAAUACCGUGAAUGUCAGAGGCCCGUUUUCAGUCCACGAAGAUCCCACCAGAUUCAGGUCUGUCCAUUGUCUGCUGUACCCAGACACCCCUUGGUGCCCCAGCGCCUGGCGGCUUCAGCACCCGUCCAGAGACAAACAGGGAGGGACGAACUGAGAUUUCUGUAUUGGGAAGCAGCACAGUCGGAUUUGCGUUGAAGCCCGAGGUCUGACGAUGAACGUGUCACUCCGAGUCAGAGGGUCAAAAACUGCAGCUGGAGGCGGAGGUCAAACGAUCAAUGACUCGGAUUAAAGGAGGUGAAAAACUGCUUUGGGAAACGAUUAAAAGUCCUGGGGGUGGCCUCGUUUGGUACCAGAAUCAGGAGCUUGCCCCAUGCGUGCAGCCUGGUUUUGUCACAUCUGCUUCGCUUCAGCUGUGAUGGGGCUCGGACGCUCCCCGAGCCAAAUGCUAGCUCGAGCUUGCGGUGUUUGAGAGGGACCUCAUCUGUUGUGUUUCGUCUCCUGUUUUCGAAUAUCAGUUCGCUUUUUAAGCCAUGCUACAAAGCGUCUUCUCCCCAACCCGCACAUUUCCAGCCU